GAUAUCUCUCACCGAGAGUUCAUGUUAAAAUUUUAAUAUUUUGUGUUACAUAUUUACUAAUUUUAUGCUUAUUUAUUAUGUGUUGGUGAAUAAUUUGUUGUUCAUUGUGAUGAAAGGAUAAUUUCCCCUAAAUGUUCACGCUAUAUAGCAAGUGCCGUUCGGAACCUAUGACAUUCAAUGAACUCGAUGUGCGUUUUGGCCAUUUUACUUGGCUUGCGUUAGUGAUUCGUAUGUAGUCACGUGAUCAGUCAGUGGAUUUUGGAUCAAUGGCGCCAAAUUGCUUAUAUAGAAAAUGCUGUACUUGUUGGUGUCUUGUGGAAAAUUGAAGUACCAUUAUGUAGCAAACUAUGUGACAUUUUACACAAUGUUAUUACCACGCUCAAAGUGUAAAGUAGUGUGGGGAUCGUGAACAUGUAGGUUGUGACAAAAAAACUAUUAAAGAUGUCGUUGAGAGGCACAAAGCGGACAAGUGGGGUCCGCGGGGACGAAGCAGGCACAUCUAAACGCCGCAGAGUGGAGUCUGAAGACGCACUCUGGCAGCUUCGGCCUGUGAGUGACCUCAAGAUGUCAUCCAUUUAUAACAGAAAUGCCUCUGAGGCACCUGCAGAACUAUUCAGGAAAGAUUUCAUCUCUAUGAUGAAACUAGCUGAUUCUGAGCCACUAACACCGAGUGAUUACUGGAUUAUCACAGAUACAUGGAAGCAAGAUUGGGAAAGAGGGGUACAAGUACCCGUCAAUCCUGAUUCUUUGCCAGCACCUAAAGUCAAAAUCAUUAAAAAUCCAAAGCCACCAAACUUUGUUGAAUUUAAAUUACCCAAGGACAAAUACAUUCAUCUUACUAGAGAUGCCCACUAUCAAGCGGACAAACACUUGCUCAGCACAACACCGACACAGGCAGAAUCUGCUUGCAGUUACGACCUUGAUGCCAUGGACACAGCUUGGCUGAAGUUGUUGAAUGCUGAACGUGCAAGAGCUGGUGCAGCAGCUAUCACAGAAGAUCAACUUGAAAAAGUGAUAGAAGAAUUGGAGGUACGAACAUGGGAGAAAAUUCAGUCAAUUAUAAAAUCUGAAGAGGGUUUGGGGCUUGAAUAUGACGAGAAUGUCAUAUGCGAUGUAUGCAGAUCUCCUGAUUCUGAAGAUGGUAAUGAAAUGGUAUUUUGUGAUGAAUGCAACAUCUGCGUGCACCAAGCCUGUUAUGGUAUUACUGUUAUUCCCGAAGGACAGUGGUUGUGUCGUCCAUGCCGAGCUGGUGUCAAACCAGAUUGUGUUUUAUGCCCAAAUGUAAGUGGUGCCAUGAAGUGCACCCCUUCUGGUCAUAAGUGGGCUCAUGUUAGUUGUGUUCUUUGGAUACCUGAAGUGUCUAUUGGUUGUGCCGAAAAAAUGGAGCCUAUUACAAAAAUAGGAUCUAUACCCCAGUCACGCUGGUCCUUAGUUUGUGUUUUGUGCCGUGAGCGAAAAGGAGCCUGCAUACAGUGCUCUGUAAAGACUUGUAAAACAGCCUAUCAUGUUACAUGUGCAUUUAAACAUGGGCUAGAGAUGCGUGCCAUUAUUGAAGAUGAAAAUGCUGAUGAUGGUGUUAAAUUGCGGUCAUAUUGCCAAAAGCAUAGUGUGAAUUCUAAAAAAGAAAAGUGUACUGGUUCUGGUGAAGAAGAGGAGGAGUCGAAAAGAAAGCGUCGUAAAGAUAUGACUUCGGAGGAGAAGAGUCAAGCUAGAGCAGCUCGUCUACAAGAAAUUGAGGCUGAAUUCGAUGAACAUAUUGGUAUCAAUGAUAUUAGCUCUCAUCUUGAUGUUGAUCAAGAUGCCAUAAGCUACAUCUAUAACUAUUGGAAGUUGAAAAGACGGGCUGGUCACAACCGGCCCUUACUACCGCCAAAAUCUGACAACAAUGAAUUAUUAACUCAUAGACAAGAACAAGCAGAUCUGGAAAAAAUGAAGAAGUUUGUUCAACUUCGUCAAGAUUUAGAGAGAGUACGAAAUUUAUGUUAUAUGGUUAGUCGGCGAGAAAAGCUUUCCCGAUCCUAUUUUCGGAUGCGCGAACAAACAUUUCACAAACAAAUUGCUGUCUUAUCAGCAGAUGUUACUAUAUCCGCACCUGAAUUGUCUGCAAUUAUUGAGGCAAACCAUGGGCCUUCCAUUUACGAUAGGUUGUAUUCCGGUCCAAACGCCCCAGAUCAUGAAAAUGAUUUUGAUGAUCUCCUUGCACGAAUAGCUCCGCAGGAAUCGAGUGACGAUAAAAAGAAAGAUCGCAACGGUCUUGUAAGGAGUGCAAAGUCAACGAAUCCAUACAAGAAACUUUAUGUUAAUGGAUCUCGUAGAGGUGGUGUGUACACUGGUCUCUCUAGUGAGGAAAGUGGCGCAGAGAUAAGUCGUUCUAGUAAAUACCGAGGUAGAGCCAUAGGUUCAAGUACAGAUGAUGAUGCAAAGAAAUUAAACUCUUCAAAGAAAAAAGUUUCACCCAAAGGAAAAGGUAAGAAAUCACCUAAAAAAUGUGAUCAACGAAAGAAAAAAGUACCACAAUCAAAAGCAAUAGUGGAAAGUAGUUCUGAAGAUGAUAGUGUAAAACCAAGGACAAAGAAGGAUCAAUCACGUAGCAAGACUCUUCAACAAAUGGAGAAAGAAAUGGCUGCUGGUAGAGUGGGAGAUUCUGGAUCAGACAGUGAUGAAUUAAUUCCAAUACGAUCAACUCGAAACAAUAAGUUCCCAGUAGAUAUAUAUUCUGAUAGCAGUGAAAGUGUGAAAGAGGCUAAGGUCAAAGUUGAAAAAUCACCAAAUGAAAAUGAUUCUUUACAAUCAUUGCCUAGAACAAAGGCAGCAAUGAAAGAAUUCAUUCCUAGCCAACCUGAAAACAAAACUUCAGCAGAUACCAAACCUUCACCUAAAAAGAGAGGUAGAAAGCAAAUAAAUAAAGACAAGAAAGUAUUAAAUAAAUCUAUUGAAUCUGACGAUGAGGCAAAAGAUAAAGAAAAUAUAAAAAUUGCUAAACAAAAAGAUAAUCCAACAGAUUUAAUAGUCCCACAACGCCAAGCUGCUAAGAAAGCUUCUGAAAAUAUGCGUUCAACCACUGCAUCUAAGAAAGAAGAAACUUGUACAGAAAAGCCAGUGAGUAGUGAUGAUACUAAAAAUAAACAAAAAGCCACUCAAGUCAAGGCCAAGGGUAAAGAAAUUAAGGAUCCUAAACCAGCAAAAGUUGGCAGGAAAAAAUCUUCAAAAGAUCAAAAAGAGACUAUCGCUUAUGUACCACAAAGGCAGGCUGCGAAAAAAGCGGCAGCACAUAUUAAGAGUGGUCUUGGGUCUAAAGUUCCAGUCGUUGAAACUGUUGAUGCUGACAAAAAGAAAGAUGUUGACAAACUAAACACAUCUAAAUCUCCCAAGAAAGAAGACACAAAAAGUGCCAAAGUUAUCAAAGAAGAAAGUUCAAGUUCCUCAUCAAACUCAAGUAGCAGCAGUUAUUCUUCAUCUUCUAGUUCUGAUGAAAUUAAAGAAAAACCAAGUAUAAAACCGACAGCUAAAGCACGGGAAAUAAAGCCAUUUCCGAGGCAACCUUCGAUGUUUUCACCACACGUAUCUAGACCGACAGUGGAUUUGCCCUUUCUCGACAAGGUGUCAAGACCAUUGUCUUCAACUAGUGCCUCUAGCGAUUCCGAUAGUUCGAAGGGAUCCCGAUACUCUAUUACGCGUCCUCGCAGACGUAGAAAAACCAAAGUCGUCACAGACGAGUCCCCUCACAAGACUCCAGACAAGAAGCUUAAAACUUCCGAACGGAGGUCCGAGUGUGGGGGCUCAUCACCGACUGUUGAAGGAGAGGAAUCGUGUCGACCCAACGACACGGUUCCCGCCGCGCGUGCUCGGACCAGAAGCACUACUACAAGCGGAAAUAUGUCUGAUAAGUCUGAUACCAGAGCAAGAAAAUCAUCUCAGGAGUUCGAACAUUCCUCUCCGCCAAAACAAAAUACCGAAGAGAGCAGCAAGUCCCUUGAAUCUACAAUUACGAAACGGCAAACGGACGAGGCGUUAGAGGAACAGACUAAAGAUGAAAUUCAUGUAAUUGAUGAUGGUAUCAAAUCUGAUGUGUCUAUUAUGGGAAAUAUGGUAUUGGUAGAUGAUGAAAUACCCGACAAAAUGUUAAAUUCGGAAGAUUUUAAGGAUAAUAAGGACGAAGUAAUGGAUGACAAAAUAUCUGGAGACACAAAAGAAUUUGAAAUUGAGCCGGAAAAUAAAUUAUCCAAUAGUCACACCUUUUCUCUUUCAACUGAAACAAAUCUAUCUCCCCCUAAAGAAACUGUAGAUAACUUUGAAGACGAUUCUAUUAAUACUCAUGAGAAUUGGUUGUCACAGGCACCAAGUCCACACAUUCAUCCACCUCCAGUUGAAAAACCAGGUGAUCACGAGAAAUAUAUGACGGAGGAUAAAUCACUUGAUGCAGAUUUUACAGAUAGAAGUAGCAUAAGGAUGAUAGCAAAGAUACAAGCAAAUCUCAAUGAAAACACAAUGAUAAAAUCACCAAAGACACCAAUGGAUGCAAGAACAAAUACAAUUGAUUCUAUUGAUGUAGAUAAUCCCAUGUCGCGAAAUAAUAGGAAACGCCCCAUUGAUAAGAAAUUUAUAACUCAGGAUGCUAGUCAUGUUCAAGGAGUAGAAAUAUCAAAGAGUGCAAAGAUUCCGUCUGUCGUCAAUAUAUUUCCCAAUCGAAAUAUGUUCUCUCCACAACCACGAGAUAAUGACCAUUAUGAAAUUGAUGUGUUUCCAUCAUAUUCGGAAUUCAUAUUAAAAGAAGAUUCAAAAGAGCAAGGUGCACAGGAAACAUUAAAUUUGGUUGAUAGGCUCAGGAUGCAGCUUAGUAACAAGAAAGCACAACCAGAGAAUUUAGCAACUGAAGAGGGCUUUACAAAUGAAAAUAAGGAUAUGGUAAUUGAUCUGAUUGGUAUUUGCACACCUAAGAGUGAUCAUGGCAAUAUUAAGGACAGUUCCAUUAAUAUUUUAAAUGAAGAAGAAAAACUUAAUUCACUAAACGAAAUAUCAACACACAACCAUAUUCCAAAAACACUUGAGACACUUCAAAAUUUGUCUCCCAAAUCACCUCAGCCCCAGCCUCAGUCAAUACUCACAAAUUCCACACUAUUCAAUCAAAAUGAUCACAGUAUUCUAAGAACAGCCAAUGAAAAUGAAAUGGACACUGAGGGGUCUAAAGAUGAAUCUCAUAUAGAACAUGCUAAUGAUAGAAAAUAUGAUGACACUGCUUCAUUUACUGAGGAUCUAAAAGAACCUUCUACAGUCAAAUCUGAUAUGCAUUCUGCUUCUGAAGUUGGCGACAAUAUAUCAUUAUCCAAACAAAGUGAUGAUUCCCAGUCUUUGUCAGUCGUAGACCACUCUAUUGACAAUGAAUUCACUCAAGAUAAUCCAACGUAUGAUAAUAAUAAUUCUGUUUUACAUUCUGAUUGCGCAACUGUGUCCUCUCCAUACGUAUGUAAUGAUGCAAAGUGGCGGGAAAGCAAGAUAGCAACCAGAAGAUCAUCAACUUCGAGCACAAAUUCAGAAGCCUCUACUAGUCCUCAAAAGAACAAUUUACAUCUGACUACAUGUGAUCCCCGUGAUUCCCGUCAAAGUGCAACUGUAACUGAAAUGGAACCAUAUCCACCAAUUCCCGCCUAUCACGUAGAUCCGGCGCUAUCACUUAAUCAAUAUGCUAAUUAUGCACCGAGUCCUGCACCUUAUAUGGGACCUUUGGCUCUACCGCUGUUUGCUCCAGGAGCAUGCCCCUCCUCACAACUAUCUUUACCAUCUUCCGCGCCAGUUAUAUAUCCUAGUUUAUCCUACUCUGCAACACCACUGAUGCCGCCAUUACCGAAACCUAUAUUUACUAAUAUAUGUGCUGCUUUUACAACUUCUUCUCAGAAUAUUGCUAUAACUCGCGCCAUGAUUGCAUCGCCGACCUCAAAACCAAUAGAUUCGCCAUCUGAAGAUAUCGAUGUAACAGGCAGUGAUAAAAUAUCAGUUCAUGCGCCCUCCAGUCCGACCAUAAGUGUAGAUUCAUUUAACGAGGGAAGUAACACUAGAGACGCAUCGAAAGCUAAUGAAAAUACAGAAAAUGUGCUUAAUUUACAAACACCAGAAUCAAAAUCGCCAGCUAAAGCUAUAAAACCUAUGCCACCGAAAUUACCUGGAAAAAGUCCUGGAAUUUCUCCAAAACAGACUGAAGGAGCAAAACCAAAUAAAAGAACUAGCAACAAAAGUAAUAGAAGUCAAAGGGGACGAGGUCGUUCAAAGAGCCGUGGGCAAGGAAUUCAUAACUUCCCAUCAUCUCAGUAUAUGGGUAAUUCGAUUCAAAGUAAACUAGUUGGGACGGUAUAUGAUUUUGAGGAAGAAAUGGCCAAUGACGGAGUAGAUCUAAAAGCACUGAGAGAAAGACGGAAAUCAAUUGACUUAAAAGAUGAUCGUAAAUCUGAACAUAGUUAUAAGGAGCCAUCGCAAUCGCCUCGAACUCCCAAUCCACAACAAGUAAUUGUUGAAAGAAAAGAUAAUAAAUCACCAACUCCUGAACCUCGAGAUGAUACAGAAUCUCCUGUAAAUAAAAACAAUUUGGAACAUACAGGUUUUACACAAGUACAACCUGUUCUACCGGGUCCUGUUGAUAUGCGUACCUACUCAAUUGAUAACCAGCCUCCAGCUGCCAACACUGACGUCUACCAUACUCAUCUUCUAGCUUUCGCAAGUGGAACGGCUGAUCAACAAUUAGCCGAAAUUGAUGAAGAAGUUGAAAAACAAUUGCAUACUGCAUUAAUGGCGAGCAAUCCAGAACCGGAAUCGCAGUUGAAUACCUCUGAUCCGCAAGUCAACCAUGCUAAUAAGGAAACUUUGGUGUCUCAGUUACCAAAAGUGUCAUUAUCAGACUCAAGGAAUCAACUGAAAGUAAAAAUCAAAGGCCCAUUUUUGGACGCAAACUACUCAGCCAGUUCAGCGCCACCUGUUGUGCCAAAACCACCAGUGCCAGUACACGAUCCUAAUACAAGCUUAUUGAAUGUAUCCACAAGCUCAGUUGCGUCAACUGGUUCUACAAACCUAAGACGUAUGCGUAAGAAGGAACUUUUACGUCAGUAUUGGACUCAGGAUAUGAACAUGGAUGAUCCAACCAAUACUGCAAAUGUAGGCAUCGUACCACCUCCCGUAGCACCUCAACCUCAAUUGGCCAGAGCUGUCAUAACAAUUCCCAAAGCAGUCGCUUCAAUGACAAGUAUACCAACCCGAGAAGAUUACAAGAUUACUGAAACUACCGUGGAAAAGAAGAAGCGCAAGUCCAGUGCACUAUCGCGCGAGCUAAGGCAAUUAAAUAGUGACAUUGACCUAUCGGAUAAUGUUAAAUUGUCAAAAUUCGUAGCUGGAUUAGGGCAGUAUCCUAAAAGGCGGGCCCGUGUUGCUCCUCCUAAGCCCAGUCCUCCUUCACCGAGUGAAACCUCACCUGUUGCACCAAAAUUGAAGAUUAAGAUCGGAUCUAAUUUAGUCCAAUCACUUCCCGAGGAUACAACUGGUUGCCAAUUUCGGCCUCCCAAAAAGCGACUGCAAUCGCAGGUUGUACCUACGCCUAGUAUGGAAGACUUAAAACGUGAGAGUAUGAUCUACCGUCGCAUGGUAAUGGCAGAUUUCGAAGAAGAUAAGAAACCCAAAAAGCCUAAAAAAGACAAAGGUAAGAAAAAGAAAGACAAAAAGUGCGAUAAAGAAAAGCUAUUAGUGGUGAACAGUGAAAGUGAAAGUGCGACAAAGUUAAUAAUAAAAAUAAAGCGACACAAGGAGGAAGAAGUGAAUAACGAGCCGGGCGACGGCAGCGCCCUGGCCAGCGCGGCCGCUGUGGUGCCCGAGCCGACGGUGGACCCGUUCGACUACGACCCCAAGGCGCCCGACCCGCUGGCCAUCGACCCGCCUUUCACGGAUUCUUCCUCCGCUCUGCGUAGGAUACGAACUGAAAAAGUGACUCCGAUACGUUUAAAACGUAGUUCGCAAGGGUCGGGCUACGUGAUGAAGAAGGCUCGGCUGGAGCAGGCGUCGCUGGAGGCGGCCGAGGCCAGCAAGAGCGCGGCGCCCUCGCCCACGCCCGACGAUAACAGUGCAGUGAGGUGAUACAAAAAGUUUAAAACGGGACUAUAAACUCUUUGUUAUUCUAAGUGAACAUUUAUUGUACAUAGUUACUUCAGGAAUUUAAUUUUACCUUUAAGUGUAAAUUAUUUAUUUGUAUAAAACGAAAGCUCAAUUUAUAUCUUAAAUAUAAUUCGAAGCAUGUCGGAGUAUUUAAUGAAUACACAGUGUUAUGUGAUUCGAAGUAAUUUAAAUCAAUAAGAUUUAUGUACUAUUUACUGUAUGACUCGUAAUAUGGAAUCUCAUAAAUUUGCUUCAUAAUUUUAACAGCUAUCACUUCAUUAACUUCAUAUUUUAAAUAUUUAUGAUAUGUAUGUAUGUAUUUAAAAUUUUUUUAGUUAAUUUUUUUUACAAACACCCCGUUAUAGCUUAUGGGAGCAGUAUGUUAUAAUACCUUUUUUAUUGAUUUUUGAUUCUAUAAAGACAAGAACUGACUCAAAAAUUUAAACAUGUACAUGAUUUGGAUUAUAAAUACAUCAAUUCAAAAUCCUCUGUAAAUUCGCCGUAAGUAUAUUUUGUGUUUGUCCCAUUUCAAAAUACAAGUAAUAGAAUAUUGAAACAUUUAUAUUA